CUUCAAGUUGUUUUCGGCAAGGGUGAAAGUAUAAGGAAACAUUAGGGAUUCACCAUUAUUUCCAAAUAGGGUACAUGAUUUGGACAGAAGCCUUUGAUAAAAUUAAAACCCGAUUCGAGCUAAACAUAGUAUAUGUCAUUCCCCUUGUUUAUUUUAUUUUAAGCUCCUCUCUUUUCUAUUGUCCUUUGUUGUAUUUACGCUCCUUUAGACUUUGAAGAAUAGACGUAACGCGACGUAUUUUGAGUUUCGGGGUUUGAUGGACUCACCUUCGUCAUCCUUUCAGAAUAUCAAGUGUGAUACCGAAAAUAAAAUAACAAUCUUACGGUGGUCUGUUCCUAUGUUGGGUUUUGAUGGAGUUACCCUUUUUCAGAAAGGGUAAAAGCGAUGAAGUUCCGUCCGGCUUUGGUAACUAUAUUCCAUUUGUUGCAAAAUUCAACAGAUGCCUUUUUCAAAAGUAUGCCAGCUGUUUGCCACCCCGAGAAUUUUGUCUCCAAAUCUUUUAAUGGGUUUUUUCGACGUUUUCAUUGGAUUAUCACGACAAUUUGAGUCAAGCUAAUAAUUUAGUCGUAUAGAAAUAUGUUUAUUAAGGUCUUUUAUUACCGAUGUAGGACUUAACAUAGUACCUUGCGUUCAAAAAUCCUUACGAUGCUUAGCAAAAAAAUUGGUUCUACUUGGGGGCUUCUCAGAAAAGUUUCUGAAACGUCUGCCUGCAACAUGGUGACCAGGGGAUUUCAAAAUCACUGUCAAAAUCAUGUGUAUAACAAUAUUGAGGACAAUACUGUAGUGUCUAGACACGAACAUUUAACAUUAAUCAGUAAUUAUCAAAGAAGGAAUUUUUUGUUCAGAAGCACUUUGAUGAUUUUGUCAGUACAGGGCAGUCUCCAUCAGCCUUCAGAAUGAAGCUUCACGUCUUCAGAGAAUCGUUGCAGCUGAGUGAGAUAGAGUUGAGGAGAAAGGCUGGAUCAGUCAACACAGCUUUAUGGGAGACCAUGGAAGCUCUUUCCCCUCAUUUCGCCUCGAGAGACUGAUACCUCUAUAUAAAAAUGCAGUGUUUCCUGUUCUGGAGAAAAUAUUUCAGGAGCUUGGUGUAUUUUCUCCAAGCAGUGCGCAAAAUAUUUUAUCAAAUAAUAAAAGAUGCGAAGAGGCCAGAAAAGGGGCUUGGAAAGAUAGCUCCUUUAGAGGCCUUUAAAAAUAAAAUCUUGAUGGAAGACAUAACGUUUGAAAUUCUUCUAGCUGGAGAGAAAAAAAGAGGGUGAUAAAUUGCUUAAUUGCUGAAGAUAUUUUAAAAUGUUCUUGCUUCUUUAUUUCCACUUACUCCCUUCCCACACUGAAAACUUAACCUUGAACUUCGCCUGCAUUGGACUCAUCCCAAUUCCACUGGCCUGGCUACAGGCUUGCAGUACAAAAAAAGUUUAAUUUGAUAGGUCAAAAGUUUAUGUAUUUUUCAAUAAAGUAUUAAAUAAUAUACAGGUGACAGUAUUUCGAAAACAAUUAUUUCUCUCUUUUACGCAUAAUUUCGCUUACUUUGCGGUUACCGUGAACACAGUCGUGGCUUUUCUAAUCCGCCAUUAUGGACACAAGGAACUGACGUAGUAUAAUUUACUUCAAGUUAUUUUUAAUCGAUUCUGUAUGUUUGAUGUUGUUUCAUUACAAUCAAUGCCGUUCCUCUCCAAAAACAGCAUAAGAGGCAAGGCUAUCGGUACAUCUUUUAAUCCAAGGCUUUAUUCAUGAUAUUUAUCUCUUGUUGGCUCAAUGAGUCCGAUUGGAGAACAGAAACGACUUCCCAACAGAGGUAAUGACCCCAAGGCUUCUAAUAGCUGGCGUGAAGGUAGUGAUAGGCCGAUGAGCCUAGGAAAGAAGAACGAUCUUCCAGUCAGAAGUUACAGUUCGGCAUUAAAGACAGCUGAAAAUCAAAACUCUUCAUCUCACCGUAUUUUUGUUUUUGGGCAAAACGAAGAGGACUUGAUUGAAAUGGAUAACGGGUCAAUCGAGAUGGCCGAAAUUCGUUCAAGAAAUCGAAAAGAGCAUGGAAGGACUGGAGCGAAUUACACGGGUGAGGAUAUGAGGAAGAGCCACUUCAUAGAUCACAAUAUGGAACCGGAUGAUACCCUUGCUAAGCUGUCUUUGAAAUAUGGAUGUAGUGUUACUCAGUUGAAGCAAGCUAAUGGAAUUUAUAAUGAUCAAGACUUUUUUGCCAGAAGAACUCUUAAGAUACCUGUAUUUGUCCAUAGCUUUUUAUGGGAGUUGUCAGGAAAUAGAAAAAACUCACUUGACUCCAAGAUCGAUCAUUUAAGGGAACUAACUAGGAGUCAAAGUGAAGGCAGCUUCAGACAUGUCAGAGAAAAUAUGAUGUAUGAAAAAGAUAGAGUAUUGAGAGAUUCAGUACACCCAUCAGCAGAUUAUUCUUAUUCGGAUGAUGACAGUAAUGAAAUGAGAAGUCUUUUGCAUAGUGCCCAAGACAAUUCAAAAUCAUUGAAUGAUACUAAUAAUCUUUAUGAAGAGUAUUUGGAGUUGGUUGAUAAAGACAUCAAGAAUAUUUCAAGCAAAGUUCAAUCAAAAAGUGAUAUUGUUGACAUUGGAGGACAGUCUUUAGCAUAUAUGCAACCAAAUUUGAAUGAUUCAAAGAAAGAUGAUAAACUUGGCCAAGCCGGGUGGUUAAGUUACAAGGGGAUUAUUCUUGUUGUUUGUACAGUUGCGGUUCUUCUGCCUGUAAUGUAUAUAGUUUAUUUUUUGUCAGCAAAGAAAAACAGGUAGGGAGCUGAAAUAAUUAUUAGUUUGAAUUUAGUUUUUUAUAACAGGUAGGGAGCGGAAUUAGUUUUAAUUUGUUAACUAGUAAUAUUAAUGGUAUUUGAGCCUAUUUCUUAGAAUUUAUUAUAUUUGCAUUCUGUUAAUAUUAUUUGUAAUGAAGUAGACCUUCCAUAUUAGUGUUAAUUUCAGAGCAAUAAUUUGAUAACAUUAGCUUUAUAGAGUCCCUAGCAUAAAUUUUGCUUAACUUUCCUAAUUGUUAAACAAUUAUUGCAAAUACUUCAUGUUAUUUUCCACCUGACACUACUUUGCUAUUUCGUUUAAGUUUGUGAAGAACGCAAUAGAAUCCAGAAGUUGCAUUAAAAAUGAUAAGCAGGUUUUUAAAAACUGAUCUUACAUUGAUUUUAAACCUUCCCUAUAAUGUUAAUAUAUUUUUGCCAAGCAAUAUAAGUAUUCAAUUUAUCAUGAGAUGAUAAGAUAGUUGAAUCGAAAUCAACUUAUCUUUAAGAGACUCCCCUAUAAAACUGUUUUAAAUUAUUGGUAAAAUAUUGAUGUUAUUUUAUGCCUUUUAUUUUCUUUGAAUUAAAUCCUUCUUUAUAUAUUUUGAAUUUGUAAGUGGGCACUGGUAACAUGGGGAUGUGAUAGGUGCAAAAUUCUCAAGAUCAGUCUCAAAAUAUUUAAUCUGAGAUAUCAAAGGUGUGGGAAAA